ACCCUUCAUUUUCAACAUUGUAAUCUACCUUUACAAAUAUGGGUGUCUUAGUAUCGGAUAAUCGAUUCAUCGUUCUUCUCUUCGUUACAUUCGCCAAUGUUUGGAUUGCUAGUGCAUUCACGGGUACGUAUGGAGUCAACUAUGGAAGAAUAGCCGAUAACAUACCCGCCCCCGAAAGUGUUGUGACACUUAUGAAAGCCGCAAAGAUCAAAAACACGCGAAUAUAUAACGCUGACCAUGAAGUUCUCAAGGCGUUUAAAGGGUCGGGAAUAGAGAUCAUUAUCGGCCUCCCGAACGAGCUCUUGAAAGAAAUAGGUGCAAGCCAAGAUCGAGCCAUGGACUGGGUGAAACAAAAUGUGGAACCCUUUGUACCCGCGACCCGUAUUAGUGGGGUCGCGGUUGGAAACGAGGUGUUAGGUGGUGCUGAUCAAGGACUCUGGGAGGUUUUACUACCCGCGGUGAAAAACAUCUAUCAUGCCCUUGACUUGCUUCACCUAGCCGACGAUGUUGAGGUUUCGAGCCCACAUUCGGCUGGUGUGUUUGGUAGUUCGUUCCCUCCAUCGGCCGGGGCGUUUAAGGAAAGCCUCAUGCCCUAUAUGAAACCGCUUCUCGAGUUUUUCUCACGAACAAAGUCGCCGUUUUAUAUAAACACUUACCCAUUUCUCGCAUACAUUAGUGACCCCGAACACAUCGAUAUCAAUUACGCUCUCUUUAAAAAGAAUCCCGGGAUAUACGAUGAGAAAACUAAACUUCACUAUUAUAACAUGUUCGAGGCACAACUCGACGCGACCUAUGCCGCUUUAGAAAAAGCAGGAUUCGGUAAAAUGGAAGUUAUAGUGUCGGAAACGGGGUGGGCUUCAAAAGGCGACCCAAACGAAGUCGGGGCCACGGUUGAGAACGCGAGAACUUACAACCUCAACUUACGUAAACGACUACUUAAAAAGAAGGGUACGCCUUACAGGCCUAAGAAGAUAGUUAAGGCGUACGUGUUCGCCAUGUUUAACGAGAACCUAAAGCCCGGCCCGACUUCCGAGAGAAACUUCGGGCUUUUUAAAGCGGAUGGUAGUAUCGCGUAUGAUAUUGGGUUCACUGGGCUUGUACCCUCUUCAGCAACGUCUCUAUUCUCUUUCAAGCGCUAUGGGAUGAUGUAUGCAGUAGGUGCUGCAGCUUUGGUCCUGAUUAUAACCUAAUGACAGUGUUUCGAUCAAUGGAACAAACAUCAUCACCGUGUUAAGUUUGUAGUGUGCGUGCGUGUACGCACACGCCUCUAGAGUUGUAUUUGUAUAUCUGUACUUGAUUCAGGAACUUAUUCUUUGAGACUGAGAAAUAUUCACAUA